AUGGCGGCCGCGGCCAUAUUCCAGCUUAUAGGUCGUGCAGGUCAUGCAGGUCAUGCAGAACAAGUGAUGGAAAUGUCUCAAUGGGAAGUACAGGAUGGUUUUCUUGAAACCAAGGUAAGGGCAGGUGAAUCACUGAUGAAGCUUGUGUCUGACAUGAAGGAGUUUCUCAUUUUGAAUGACUUUCCAUCAGUGAACGCCAGUAUCUCUGAACGAAGCAAUACAUUUCAGGAGAUGACCAAUCAAACGGAUCAGCAGCUUUUAAACCUCAAACAAGAACUUGCUCUCAAUUUAUUUGAACUUGAACAAUCAUACUAUUCAUCUAGUUACAGAUAA